UAAAAACAUUUAUUUUUCAUAUGUUUAAGAAUCUGUGUUUUUUAGUGAUGGAGUUCAUUUGUGUGACUCUGAUGAUGAUUAUUGGAAUCACAGAUUCAACAGCAGAUCAAUUUGAUGUUGUUGGACCUGUAGAUCCUCUUCUCGCUGUAUCUGGUGAAGAUGUGAUUCUGCCCUGUUCUCUCAAACCCAACAUCAGUGCUGUAAACAUGAGAGUCGAGUGGUUUAGACUUGAUCUCAAAGACUCAGUAGUUCAUCUCUAUGAAGAUCAUGAAGAUAAAAACACAAAUCAGCUUCAGUCGUACAGAGAAAGAACUGAAGUGUUUAAAGAUGAACUACAGAAAGGAAACACAUCACUCAAACUCUCAAGAGUUCAGAUCUCUGAUGAAGGAGCUUACAAGUGUUUUGUUCAGUCCAAUACCUGGAGUGAUGACAUCACUGUUGAUCUCAGAGUUGAGGCUGUAGGAAGUCCUCCUCUCAUCACUAUAGAUGGAUUUGAUGUUUCUGGUGGACUUUAUCUUCAGUGUGAAUCUAAAGGUUGGAACCCUGAACCUGAUCUUGUUUGGCUGGAUAGUGAAGGAGUCACUUUGACAUCUGAAAAUACAGACACACAGAGAGAGACAGAUGGAUUCAGAGUGAAACACAUGAUCACUGUAUAUAACAGAGACAGUAAAUAUCACUGUAGAGUCAAACUGAGACAUCACAUGAUGGAGACUGAGAUUAUUACAUCAAGUAAAAUGUUUAACUCUUUGAGGACAUCAGUGAUCUUGAUUUCAGUUGGAUCUGUGUUCAUUGUGAUCACUGGAAUAAUGACCAUUGGGUGCGUUUGUAGACACAGAGAACUACUGAGAAAGAAACAGAGACAGGACCAGAGGCUAAACAAUGAGAAAUUGAGACUACAAAGUGAGGAAGAGAGACUACUGAGUGAAGAGAGGAGAAUACAUUUAGAACAUCAGACGCUUUCAAUGAUAGAGAACGGGACUGUAAAAAGUUUGAAAUCACUGUUAAGAAAAUAUGCAGUGAAUGUGACUCUGGAUCCUGAUUCAGCUCAUCCACGUCUCAUUUUGUCUGAUGAUGGGAAACAAAUGCGAUUUGCAGACAAACAACCUGAAAAAGUGAAUAACAACAUGCAAAAUAACUUUGAUAUACGUUACUGUGUUCUUGGAAAGGAAGGAUUCACCUCAGGGUGUUUUUACUACGAGGUGGAGGUGAAGGGGUUAAGUGAUUGGUUUGUGGGUGUGGCCAGAGAAUCUGCUAACAGAAAGGGUUGGAUCAAGCUGAAUCCUGAGAAUGGAUACUGGACAAUGGGUUUGAGAGGAGGAAAGUAUCAGGCUUGUGAGAGUCCAUAUGUUCCUCUUUCUUUGAGCGUCGAGCCUCAGAGAGUCGGGGUGUUUGUGGAUUAUGAGGAGGGUCGAGUCUCUUUUUAUGAUCUGGAGUCUAUGUGUCAUAUUUACUCUUACACUGAUCAAUCUUUUCAUGAAAAACUGUUUCCUUUCUUCUGGCAGCUUACCUCUGAACCACUCAUCAUCUGUGAUUUCAACAUGUUAUAAAUAUCUGAUCUCUGAUUGAAAUUACUUUUAAAUUGGAGAAUUAAAGAACCCUUGAUCUUUGUGCGGUACCAUGUCCUACAGUACUACUAUGUCCUAACAGUAAAGAACUGGUAUUUAAUGUGUUCAACAUAUGUACCAUAUUCUCAUUC